AUGGACAAUUUGAGACAGCGCUGGCGCUUGGGAAGGAACGCGGACGAUGUGAAAGCCGGGAGAAACGAGUCACUACUCUUCAAAAAAGAAGACAACCCUCCACUCAGGAAAGAAUGGCUGACAAUUGCAGUGUUUUCUGUGAUUUUCCGUAUGGUCAACUGUUUCCUGGUUCAGAGCAGCUUCGUUCCAGAUGAGUACUGGCAGUCCGUGGAGGUUGCCCAUCACAUGGUCUUCAAUUAUGGCCACCUGACAUGGGAAUGGAAGGAAGGCAUAAGAGGCUACAGCUAUCCUCUCUGCUUUGCAGUCAUCUAUAAAAUACUACACUGGAUACACUGUGACUCUGCUUAUCUCCUGGAAAGUGGUUUGUCCAUAUGGCUACCCCGAGUACUUCAUGCGCUCGUCACUGCAUUUGCAGAGUUCAAAUUCUUCUUCCUUGUCAGAGAACUGGAAAAACGAGAUGUCGCAAAGUGGACGUUUUUUGCUCAUCUGUGCUCGUGGUUCACGUGGUACUCUUGCAGCAGGACGCUGAGCAACAGCGUGGAGGCUGCCAUCACCUGCCUGGCUCUGGCCUAUUUCCCCUUGCCAGCAUCCAAAACACAUAGCAGCAAAAAAUAUUUGAGCCUGGUUGCAUUGGCGAUCAUUGUUCGCCCGACGGCCUUGAUCGUCUGGCUUCCGCUGUUGCUGUACCAUUUCUGGCAGGAUGAAAACAAAGUGAGGCUAGUGGUUCACAACUACAUUCCCAUAGGUGCUUCAGCCAUUUUGAUUUCAACAAUAAUUGACUCCUUCUUUUAUGAAAAGGCGAUCCUGGUGCAGUUCAACUUCCUGAAGGUGAAUGUCUUGGAUGGCGUGGCCGACUUAUACGGCACCUACCCCUGGCACUGGUACCUCACUCAGGGCUUCCCGGUAAUCAUGGGCCCCCACGUGCCAUUUUUUUUUCACGGAUGCUACCUCGCUUUCAGAAGGUACAGAAUUCUCUUUGUGGCCAUCGCCUGGACCAUCGCCGUCUACAGUUUGCUUCCUCACAAGGAGUUUCGAUUCAUCUACCCUGUGCUUCCCUUUUGUAUGAUCUUCUGUGGUGUGUCACUGGCUCAUAUGCGAGCGUGGCGUCAAGCAGCUGCUUGGGGUCUGUUGGUGUCCAACCUGAUCCUCGCCCUCUACACGGGCCUGGUUCACCAGCGUGGAGUUUUGGACAUUAUGAGCCAUGUCCGCGCACUUUGUGACAACACGUCAGAGGCGGAUGUCCUCUUCGCUAUGUCCUGCCAUUCCACGCCGUACUACAGCCACGUCCACUGCCCACUCAAAAUGCGGUUCCUGGAGUGCCCGCCUGAUCUGGGCCAGCCAAACUACGAAAACGAAUCGGACAGAUUCAACGAGAACCCCCUACUUUGGCUCAGGAUUUCGUAUCCGCACGCACAUUCUCUUCCGACGCAUCUGAUUCUCUUUGACGUUAUGGAGAAGAAGAUCUCAACAUUUCUGCACAAAAACAACUACACCAGGACAACAGACAUUUUUCACACUCAUUUUCCCGAGGGAGGAGUUGGAGGAAGAAUCUUUAUUUAUGAACGACACCGUCAACUGUCCAAUGUCACGCGAAAGCUGACCGAAUGGGUCUAA